UGAUCAUGGUCUUUACCGAAGGAGCCAUUAAAUCGUUUGCUGUCCAACUGUGAAAGCUAAUGGAUGAAAUUUAUAUACCAGACCAACAAAAAUCACAAGAUGUACCUUCUGUCAGACGUACUCAGGGCUUGUUGAUACAAACAACAAACAACCAAUCUAGAAGCGCGACACGAUCCGACAAUAGUACACCAGAAGUCAUGUUAUUAGAUAUAAAUAGUCCAUUGCAUGAGAUUUCAGUAACCAAUGAUGCAGUACACCUAAAGAAUUGUAGAUCUCAAUCUGACGACAUUUUACCUCAGCGGUUUAGUUUACAUAUGACCGAUUUAAAUUAUGAAUUUGAAAAACUGAGACUCUAUGAAUAGUGUGAUCGCAUCUUCUAAUAAUGAUAAAAACAACAUCAGAUAAAAGAUGAAUAAUAACAACGUUCAAGUCAUUUUGCAAAGACCUCUAACGGACACGAACUAAAUAUUAUGUAUUCCUGUUGAUAAUAAUACCCUGCGCCUUUGAUGAAAAUUAGUUCUAUAUUAAAUAAAAUAUAUAACAAUUUAGGAGCAAAUAAAUUCAAAACAUGGAUCGACGUUUGAUGAUAAUGCAUGUAAUUUUUAUUGAAAUGAAGCAACUAUAAUGAAACUUUAAUUUAUUUUGGAAAGCAAACAUAUAUUUGGACAAUUGACCGAAAGUGUCUUGAUUGGUUCCUUAAACAUUGAUAGUUAAAUCUUAGAUAAAUGUUAUUUUUCCAGAAAAGUGAACUUGUAUUUGCAAAUGUUCGAUGGUGGUUUUUAAUGCAUUUAAAUGGCAACAUAUCAUUUAUAAAUCUAAAGAAACAGUAUUUUGCAUGUUAUCGUGUGUCAGAUAAUACUUCCUCAAUUAAACAGUGUAAACAUGAAGAAGUAACAGAGUGUGACGUGCAAUUAUUAUUUGUUUAUAUGCCAUUCUAUCAAUUCAACAACAGUCAAUAGUAUAACCAACAACAUUCUGAUGUAUUUCUUUAGUAAUGUACAUAUUUUCAAAGCCAGGUUACACAUUUCUAUGUAAACUAUACAUGUUGUUUCCUUAUUUAAGUAGUAGAAAUGUUAUAAUGAAUUGGCGUUUACUUACGAAAUUAUUGAUUGUACAUUAGUAUGUUUGGUUCAAAGGAAAGUACUCAAGGCACAUUCUAGGAUGGUGUAUGUUUGCCUGAAAAGUUUCACCUCUUCAAGAUAGUGUCAAAAUAUUUUCAAAUUUCACUUGUCAAAAUAGUAUAAAAUGUUAAUUAUUGUUUUCUUACUUUUUAUGCUGCUUAACUCUCACUCUUCCUGUAACAUUCAUAUGAACAAUCAAAACACACCAUCUGGCUAUCGUUUCACAAAAGAUCGUAAAUCGUACGAUUUACGACUGGUCGUAGGAUAUGUUACCGACCAAGUUUACGAGUGUUUCACAAACGUGUCGGAAUAAUUAUCGUACGACUUCCGAUUACCGACCUCGGUUUUAACAGCUCUUUUAUGUGAAGGUCGGUAAAUGGAUUCAACGCGCACCUGUGUUGACAGUGAAUAAUAUCAGUUUAUCGACAAAAAUAUGUCUCUGGUUUAUUUAUACAGUUCUUUAAAGUUGGACAAGCAGGUUAUAUAAGAAUGGAAAGGUUUCAGUGUAAAUGCCUGCAACAUAGAAACUAGAAAUGUGACCCAAGUGAAAAAAAAAUGGUUAGACAUGCAAAGUGAUUCCAGAAAAAAAGAGGCAAAAAGGAGAAGAGAAAGUUCAAAGACUGGAGGUGGUCCAGCCCCUCCAGAGAUUGAUUCAAAUGAUUUAAAGGUGAUUAUUCAAUUUUUCCUUAGUUUUAAGUCUUUCAUGUUUUUUCAUGGUGCAAAUUCCAUAAACCAGUAUACCUUUACUGCAUCAUAUGAUAAUUAAUUAAGUUUUGGAAACAAAUAAUCACCAUUAUCAAUGUCACAAAGAGGCUUUAUACAGUCAGUGACUAUAUAUCAGUAAUAUUUAAACUGCAUUUUAACUGACAAAUACCAGUUUCAUGUAUCAAAGACAAAAUAUAUAUUUCAAUCCAUAAAUACAAGAAGGUAAGAUUUUUUGAUUGAUUAUAAGGGUCACAUGUUAAAGCUUAAUAAAAUAUUUUUGUACACAAUUUAUCCAUUAAAAAUUUGUGUUCCAUUUUUUAAAUAGUCAAUAUCGUGCCGAAAUGUUAAAUUGUUAUUGUAUGAGAAAAUGUUCCUCUUUUUAAAUAAAAUUACUAUGACACAAUAGAGAGAAAAUGUCAACAAUUUCCCAUUUUUCAACUCGCGCAUAAAAUAAAUAAAUUAAUACAACAGUGAAUAGUUGAAUAUGGGAAUCUGCAGCAAUUUUUCAUCCCGUUUCUUUUUUCAAAUUAAAAUUGUUUGUUCAUCUUGCACAAUAAACAUGUGGGGCAAAGUAAUGGUGUCUUUUGGAUCACAAGUCUGCUGCCAAUAAUAAUGCAUGUAUGUUAAAAUUAUUGUUUUUCUUUUCUUUUUGGCAUGGAAAGCUCAUUUUGUAUCCUUAUUUUCUCUUCUUCUGAUUUUAAGUGUUACAUCAGAUGCCUCAAUUUGUGGACUUGAUGCAGGCUACGAUUCUGUAGCAAAGCCAAAGAAAGCAAUAGUCCAGCAAGGAUCACAAAUUGUUCCAAAAAAUCCAGGAACAGCUGCUGAAGCAUGGGGAUCAAGCGCAGAUUUGCCUUUAAGAGAAACCAAUGACACAGAACAGACAUUGUAUACUGCUGUUGCAGUAACUGGCUCUUCUGCAAUAAACAAACAACCAGAUAAAAAAGUUAGUCGCCAGACUAACUUGGCAAAUCCUUCUAACUCAGAUUUAAUAUUGGAGGUUGAAAGGGAAAAAUUAGAACUGGAAAGAGAACAGUUGGUUAUAGAAAAAGAAAAGAUUUCUUUGAAAAAGGAAAAGUUGAAAAUGCUGAAAGAUGCCAUGCAAAUGAAAAAAAGGACUCUUCAAUUGUUAGAAGAAUAUGUGGACUUUAAGAAAUUAAAAUUUACACAUGACUCAGAUGUUUGUGACCUUUUGCCAAUUAUUAAGUUUUAAUAUUUUUCAUCAGCAAAAUAUAUGUAUGACUAAAAUCUAUUGUGGGUCAGAUCUAUGACAGAUUCCUAAUCUAUGAUAAUUGUAACGUCAAUGCAGUCCAAUCUAUGGCAGAUUUUUUAGAAUCUUAAUCUUUUGCGUUUUUUAGUUUUCCAAUCUAUGACAAUUUGUUAGUUUUAUAAUCUAUGACGUAACCAUUUGUGAAAAUAAAUAGCCUUUAGGCAUGAAAUAAUUUGACCCGGAAGAAUAAGCAUUUCUUACUCAUGGUGCAUGGUACCUGUUUGACCCUUCUAUUAACCAAGUACCUGAAAAACAUGAAACGCAGGAAUUUGCCAUAUAUCUGGAACCAACAAUAAAUUUGAGUCAUACAUAUAUGACACGAUAUAGCGUUAAAUUUUAUGCUCUGUUUAAAAUUCAUUUUUAUGUUGAAAUUAUUAUCCACCAAAAUUUACCAUUAGUUCAAAUAUGAAUAUGUAUACUUCUCAAAUACAUUUUCAAAAGUGAAUAUUUUCUUACUUUCUCUCUUUAGCAUAAAUAAAGGUUGCCAAAUGUAUCAUUUUUAAGACAUGAAAAAGUUUCCUCAUUAAUCUAUCAGGUAUCAACUCUGUUAUUGAUUUAUAAUUGUGGAGCAUAAGAUUUAUCCUUAUAUUCAAUUUUGAAUGAAAGUGAUAUCACCACUAACCUUUAUUAUGUUUAUAAACAAUUAAUAUAUUAAAAAUUUAUAAAUUGAAUCAAUUCUGUUUCACCAAAAUAGAGCAUUACAUUCUUAUUAUUUCAAAUUAACUUUAUACAGAUAAAAAGGAUAAGGAAAUAAUAAAGAAAAAUACCACUACAUCGAGCUAUAAGUUUUCAUAGGAUGUUGUCUCCAAUCAUUAAAAUGAUAAAUGACAAAUAAACCAAAAAUAUGAAAGCUGAAAAACAAUUUUAAAUUGACAAAGUUGAAAUUGAAACUUUAGAAAAUGAAACGCAGUUUUGUCAAAAGAUAGCAAAAUAGCAAGAUUUUAUAUAAUGUUACAGAAAAACCAUAUUUUCAUUCAAAUUUGUUAAUUGUGAAUUAUUGAGUGCAUGCAAUGAAACAUAAUGGUAAAAAUUGACAUUUCUGUUAUAAAAAAAUAUUUGAAAAAUGUUAUAAAUAUAUAUUUUUGGGUAAAAACAGAAUCAUUUAUCUGUACAUCAAAAAACUUUUUUUUUUAAUUUUCAUGAAUCAUAUUUUCAUAUAGGCAUUAGUAGAAAUAUUUAAUUAAAAUUUCAGAAUUCGCUAAAUAAUUUGUCAGCUAAGACCUAUAUCACACCUUGUCUUUUCAGGUCCAGUAACAUACAAAACUAUAUCAGAUGUAAAAUUAGGAUUCCCAGUGUUCAAAUUCAGUUAAAAAAAAGUAACCUUUUUCAGUUUUAUACAGUACGUUUAUAUAGUAAUUUAAUGAUUUAUCUGUUU